AUGCUUAAAUGCAGAAAGGGAUAUGAACAUCCCUUACGGUUAGUUCAAACAAAAUUCUUCACUACAGUUGCAGAUAAAAUAAAUUAUAAUAAUAAAUAUAACAAAAUUUUGACAAACAAUAUAAAUAAUAAUGAUUUAUUCUCAAAAUAUAUUAAAGUAAAAAAUAUAAAUAAUUAUAAUUUUUUUUUUUAUGGUAUAUUACAUGGACAAGUAGAAGGGAAAAGUUCGAGUGGUAUGGACUGCUCGGAAUUACUUAACAAAAUAAACCCUCAUUAUAUUUUUUUAGAGUUAUGUGAAACACGACUAAAUAGAUUAUUUUUUAAACUUUCAAAUAAAGAUCAAAUAAAUAAUUAUAAAAAUAAUAAUUAUUCAAAAUUCACAUAUUUACCACGUAUACAUAAUGGAUUUAUGCAAGAUGAAUAUUUGCCUAUACUUGAAAAAUGUAUAAAAAAUAAAAAAUUUAAUUUUUUUUUAUUUGAUAGAAAUAUUAAUACUAUAAAAAAUAGAUUAGAUUAUAAACUUUUAUAUGAUACAAAGUCUUAUAAACAAUUCUUUAAUUAUUGCAUUGAGUCUAUAGCUUUACGACACUAUUCUUUUGAUGCCUUUAUAAAUCUCUACAAAGAUUAUGCUUUGAAAAAUCGUGAAAAUAAAAACAAUUGUAUUAAUGAAAUAAAAGAGGAAAAUCAUCGAAAUUCAGGGGAAAAAGAAAAUAAUAUUAACAGUUGCAAUACUGAUCCUAAUUCAGAGUUCCAAAACGGGAAAUCCACCUGUUCAAACUCACACACAGCUGAUCAGCAAAACAAAUGGCAUAGUAACAUAUUUGAAGAUGCAGAUUGCUUAAAAAAAUUGGAUAUACUAAAUAUUUUAAAUGAAAGAUUAAUGACUAUUUCAAAAUCUACUUAUCAUGUACUAGUAGAAGAGAAAGUUAAAUAUGGAGCAUAUAAUAUUUGGUGCUCUAUAUUAAAUAAUGAAACAAAUUUUUUUGAAAAUCAAGAAAAAAAAACUAUUGUUAUUAUAUGUAAUGCUAAUAUACUUGAAAAUUUAACUCAAGAAUUUAAUAUAGCAUAUUUAAAUAUAUCUAAAAAAUAUACAAAUUCAAAAAAUAAUAAUACAUCACAAGUAUUAAUAUUUGAAAACCCUUAUAGUUCUUAUAAUGAUGAUAUAAAACCACAUUGGCCACUUAUAUUUAUUAAAUAUUAUAUCAUCCCAUAUUUUAUUCUAUAUUUUGUUUUAAAUACGUCUUAUAAUUUAUUUUCUUGGAUCUACAAAUCUAAUUUUCAAACAAACCAUCCACUAUCACACGAUAUCAUAGACAUUAAGGUAUAA